CUUGAUUUUUGGUUCCACCCAUUUCUUGCGCUCUCGACGAAGGCAGAAUUUCUUGGCUGCCUGCUGCCGUCUUUAUUCGUUUGUGUUUAUUCAUUUUCAACUCAAUAAGGGCGAUUUCACGUUCUUUGAUGUUUUGGAUCAGUUGCUUACAGCAGGGUUAUUCUCUCCUGUGAGGAAUCCUGAAGUGUUUUUUUGGAAUCAUGGAAAAAAGAGGACGCAACGCAACAAGGGCAAGAAGAGAGUGGGUAGGCUGCGUGGUUGCUGCGCUUUUGUGGACCGUGGCCACAGCGCAAAUACGCUAUUCAAUCUCUGAAGAAGUUAACGAAGGAACUGUGGUUGGAAACAUUGCAAAGGAUUUGGGGUUAGAUAAAGGUACGUUGAUAGACAGGACGUACCGGAUUGUUUCUAGUACUACGGAACCCCUUUUUCAUGUGAAUCAGAAUGACGGCAUUCUGUAUGUGAGCAGAAAGAUCGACAGGGAAGAGGUGUGCGAAAGAAGCUCUACCUGUUUGAUAAAUCUCAAAACUGUGCUAGAAAAUCCAUUGGAGGUGCAUUACGUCGGAGUAGAAAUUCUCGAUAUAAAUGACCAUUCUCCAAGAUUUCUAGACGAAGAAAAAACGCUGGAGAUUUCCGAAUCUGUUUUGCCCGGAGCACGUAUCCCGCUACAAGCAGCGCGAGAUCCCGACGGCGGUCUUUUCGCUGUUCAACAUUAUACACUCAGCUCCAACGACCACUUUCGUUUGGAAAUUAAGGACAAGGGAGAAGAUGGUAAAAUACCAAUAUUGACUGUUCAAAAGCCUUUGGAUAGGGAAUCAGAAGGACACCACUCAUUAGUCCUAACCGCACUGGAUGGAGGAAAACCUCCCAAAUCUGGCGACAUGAGUAUUCUGGUAAAUGUUUUGGACGUCAAUGAUAACGCACCUGUUUUUACUCAAGACAUUUACUCUGUGAUGCUUGAUGAAAAUGCCCCAGUAGGAGCAAUAGUCUUGCAAUUAAAUGCAACUGAUUUAGAUGAAGGACAAAACGGAGAUGUAGUUUAUUCAUUCAGCAACAGUGUGAGUCGUAGAUUGUUACGCCUCUUUGAUAUUAAUCCAUCAACGGGGGAAAUCAUUGUAAAAGAUGCAAUAGACUAUGAAGAAAAGAACAAAUAUGAGAUUGAAAUUCAAGCAUCAGAUAAAGGCCUGGCUCCACUGGCUACACAAAAAAGUGUCAUUAUCAAGAUAGUUGACGUGAAUGACAACGCGCCUGAGAUUGAAGUUACUUCUUUUUCAAACUCCAUCCCUGAAGAUUCCAGACCUGGAACUACCGUUGCACUUAUUAGUGUAAAUGACUGGGACUCUGGUCUAAAUGGAAAGGUAACUUGUUCCAUGAAAGAAGAGGUACCAUUUACUUUGUCACCAUCUUUACAAGACAAAAUGUAUGCUUUAGUAACAAAGUCUCUUGUUAACAGAGAGACACAGUCACAUUAUGAUUUAACAAUUAUUGCUAAAGACGCUGGACAACCUCCGUUAUCCUCUGAAAAGACAAUAAGCGUUGUUGUUAGAGAUGUGAAUGACAACAUUCCAGAAUUUUCAAUCAGUCCUUAUACGUUCUAUGUCAGGGAAGCUAAUGAGCCAGGUAGCCCUUUGUUUUCUGUUACAGCUUUUGAUCGUGAUGAGAAUGACAAUGCUCUUAUAUCCUAUCAUAUUCUCAGAGAUAAAAGAAUAGAUAAUCAAGUAACUUCAUUUCUCAACAUAAAUAGUGAGAAUGGUAAUAUUUCGGCACUAAAAAGUUUUGACUUUGAAACCCUGAAAACGUUCCAGUUUCAAGUUGUCGCCACAGAUUCUGGGACUCCGACACUGAGCAGCAACGUCACGGUGCACGUGUUCAUUCUGGAUCAGAACGACAACGCUCCGGUCAUCUUGUAUCCUCUCAGCUCCAACGGUUCUGCUGAAGGUGUGGAGGAGAUUCCCCGCAAUGUGAACGCAGGACACUUGGUGACUAAAGUCAGAGCCUAUGACGCUGAUAUAGGAUAUAACGGCUGGUUACUGUUUUCACUGCAGGAAGUUACUGACCACAGUCUCUUUGGGUUGGACCGCUAUACAGGACAGAUCAGAACACUUCGCUCGUUCACAGAGACGGACGAGGCUGAGCAUAAACUGGUCAUUCUGGUGAAAGACAACGGGAACGUUUCACUCUCAGCAACAGCUACUGUGAUUGUCAAAGUUGUGGAGCCCAAAGAGGCUUUUGCUGCUUCGGAUGUUAAAAGUGCAACAGAUGACGAGGCGGAUAAUAACGUGACUUUUUACCUGAUGAUAACUUUGGGCUCAGUUUCAACACUUUUUCUCAUCAGUAUCAUCGUGCUGAUUGCAAUGCAGUGCUCUAAAUCCACAGAGUAUACUUCUAAAUAUCUCCAAGAGACUAAUUACGACGGGACACUGUGUCACAGCAUCCAGUACAGAUCUGGAGAGAAACGCUACAUGUUAGUUGGACCCAGAAUGAGUAUAGGAUCUACUAUAGUCCCGGGAAGCCAUGCGAAUACACUGAUGCUCCCUGACAGGAGGACACAUGGAGAGGUAAGACAUUAAGCUUUAGCAUCGGUA